GGCACUCUACUGAUUCAGAAUAGAUUCAACUGAUCCUGAACUGGUCAAACGGGUAACGAUACUUUUCUCAAAGUCUCUUCAAAAGAACCAAUCCUUUUUCGUCAGUGAAUACUUGACAUAGUAAGCUGUAAUAUCAUAAAGCACCAUGGACAGUGACGAUGAGAAUGAUCGCCGUCGGAGAGAUAAGUUCCGACGUGAGAGGAAUGAUUACAGCGAUCGCAGAGACAGGGACACACGGAGAAGGGAAGACUGGAGUGAUCGGAGGCGACGAGACAACCGCGACCCGAGGGACUGGAACCGCAGGGACUACCAGGACCGAGGCAGACGUGACAGGUACAGCCCACCUCCAAGGGACAUGAGCCCACCCUCCAAACGUAUGAGGAGAGACUGGGAUUCCGGUAGUGGUGGCUACAACAACAACUACAACAACAUGCAGUACAGUGGUGGUGGUGGGGGUGGCGGAGGAGGAGGUGGUGGGAACCAGGGGGGAUACAACGGUCCCCAGCAGAGCCACGGAAACUGGGGGAGCGGUGGAGGAAUGCAACACAUGCAGCAAGGACCUCACCAUGGCAACCAAGGACAAAGGGGUGGCCAAGAUCACGACCACAGCCGUGGCCCCCACGGGCCCCACAUCAUGAGCUUCAAGCAAUUCCUUGCCUCUCAAGACGACAUGAUCGACGAUACCGAAGCGGUGCGUAAGUACAACGAGUACAAGGUGGAGUUCAAACGCACCCAGCUCAGUGAGUUCUUCCUGGCGCACAAGGAGGAAGAGUGGUUCCGCUCCAAGUAUUACCCUGAUGAGGCAGAGAAGGGCAAAGCAGAUGGACUGAGGGCCGUCAAGAAGCGCCUUCUUGUCUUCCUGGAGCUCUAUGAGGAGAACUGGCUGGAUAAAGUCAGACUCCAGCAGGAUAAAACAGAUCAGAUUAGCCGGGUGUUAGAUGCUGCCGUUAUUAAGAUGGAAGGCGGCUCAGCACUGGACCUUAAGGCCCUGGAUCAGGUGAUCUUGUCUCCACGGCGACGGAUGACAUCAGAGAGCCAGCACCCUCAGCAGAGUCCGAGGGGGAGUCCAAGAGGAAAGGCGGAGGCCAAGAAAGAAGAGUCCAAGGAGGAAAAGACCAGUGAGAAAGUGUCCGCUUCCGAAGCCGACAAGAAAGCAGAAGAGGAGGAAAGCAAACUGGACGACUCUGGAGAGAUCGUUUCCCCGAAGGAGGAUGAUGAGCCCAAGUCGCAGCCAGAUGAGUCUAAGACCCCGCCCAAUGGAGAGGACAAACCUAAGAAGGGUUCGCAGGAUAAGAGAGGGAAAAAGCGCAAGCGUCAUCGCGACAGCGACUACGAGAAUGACAGCGGUAGCAGCAGCGGGAGCAGUAGCAGCGGGCUUGAGUCAGACUCAGAUGCUGAGCCAGUACCCCCAGGACUUGAUGAUGACGUCAUGCCAAGCGAUAAAUUGGAGGAGGCUAAAGAGACAGAGAAGGCCAAGAAAGAGGCAGCGGAGGAAGAUGACGGUGAGCUGAAGGACGGAGACAAGGAGGGUGAGGAAGAGAACGAGCUGGUGCCGAGACCGCUCCACAAGACCUACUCGCUCUUUAUCAGGAACGUCUCACCGACGAUCACCAAGCAAGAAAUCAUAUCGCUUUGUAAGCGAUACCCCGGUUUCAUGCGUGUGGCCCUUGCUGAACCCCAACCGGAGAGGAACUUCCAGCGUCAUGGCUGGGUGACCUUUGACCGCAGCGUCAACAUUAAGGAGAUCUGCUGGAACAUCAGUAGUAUACGGCUGAGAGAGUGUGAGCUGAGCCCGGUCGUGAACCGCGACCUCGCCAACCGCAUUCGCAGUGUGAGCGGCAUCACUGCCCACAAGAAGAUCGUCCGCUCCGACCUGAAGCUUGCCGCCCGUCUCAUCCAGCAGCUUGACGAGGACCUCCGCCUCUGGCACCACGAGGACGAGGUUGCCUUCGCCAAGGAGGCCGCGGAGAAAAAGAUACGAGAGGAGAAGCGCAAGGAGGAGGAGAAGAAGAAGAAGGAGGAGGAGAAACUGAACGAGGACGAAGGAGAGAAGAAGGAAGAUGGACAGGAUGAGCCAGAGAAGGAGGUGGAGGAGGAGAAAGAACCAGAACGGAUCAUCAUCCCCACCAAGUACCAGUCCAAUCCGAUCUUAGAGAACAUCACUGACUACCUGGUUGAGGAGGUGAGUGCUGAGGAAGAUGCCUUGAUGGGAGCUAAGCCUGAAGAAGAAGGGGAGGAGACUAGCGGAGAAGUUAUGUUCAUCAGGGAUGAAGAACUCAAUAAGGUCCUUGAUCGGUUGAUAGUGUACCUGCGCAUUGUUCACUCUGUGGAUUACUACAACGCUAGCCAGUACCACAUUGAAGAGGAGAUGCCCAAUAGGUGUGGUAUCAUCCACAGCCGAGGGCACACCCCACCGAGCCGGAUCACCCACAAGGACUUGACCAAUUGGCAGACAACGUUUGAGGCCAAGUUGUCCAGUCUUCUGAACGCUGCGUCUGAUAUUCCGGAUGAGGAGCUCACCAAACUUGGCAAGAAAGACCAAGAAGCUGAGGUAGAGAAGUUUGUUCGAGCCAACACCCAGGAGAUGGGCAAGGACAAGUGGCUGUGCCCCCUCAGCGGCAAAAAGUUUAGAGGGCCAGAGUUUGUCCGCAAGCACAUCUUCAACAAGCACUGCGAUAAAGUAGACGAUGUGAAGAAAGAGGUUGCUUUCUUCAACAACUACCUGAAGGACGCCAACCGCCCCGCACUGCCCGACCCGCAGGCCCCUAAUAAGCCCUCCGGUGGCGGGGAUAGACACAACCAGGGCGACAUGCACGCAAGUGGUGGCAGCGGUGGGAUGGGUUUCCAACAACAGCAGCAGCAACCGCAGCAGUUUGGCAAUCAGAUGAUGGGCUUUGGCGGGCAACAGCAGCAGCAACAGCAGCAAGGGGGGAACAACUUUGGGAACCGCGGUCCUGGGAUGUUCAAUCAAGGUCAGCAGUUUGGACAUCAGCAGCAGCAGCAGCCGCAGACGUCAUUCCAGAGGGGUGCCUACAGCGGAGGGGGCUUCAACAGACAACGCAGCAGAUUCACCAAACGAGGGGACCAACAGUCGACAAGAAAGGAUCCAAGGCACAUUGUGAACUAUCGUGACCUGGAUGCACCAAAUGAUGACGAUUUCUUCUAAGAAUCUUCUUGGCUUUUCAAAGUGGGUUUGG